UUUCAUGCUGUGUCCUACAGAAGAUAUUCCUUGUCAUAUCUGUUGGUGAAAAGAAACCUGUAUUAUGAUGACGACUUUACCAAAUAGUUUGUGUCUUGAACUAUAUAUUAGUACCAGAAGAUAUGUUCCGAAAAGAAUCAGUCAAAGCACCACCAGCACCUGUAAGAUCAAGGAAUAACAAUGGCACACGCUAGAGCCACAGGAUCUCUACCAGUGGCAAAUGUGCAGGAACUAGCACAGGCUUGCAACAGAUCUGAUGGGCAGGUACCUGAGAGGUACAUAAGGGCGGAGGCUAACACUGAAGAGGUAAUCACUGGCUAUGGUAGUACCUCUGCAAUUCCUAUCAUUGAUCUCCGCAAGCUGUGUGAUCCCCAAUCAUCGCCUGAAGAGUGUGCAAAGCUUGGAUCUGCCUGUCAGCAGUGGGGCUUCUUUCAGCUGAUCAACCAUGGGGUGCCAGACGAAGUGAUCUGCAACCUGAGGAAAGACAUUGCUGAGUUCUUCAAACUGCCACUUGAAACCAAGAAGGCAUACUCACAGCUACCGAACAGCCUCGAAGGCUAUGGCCAGGUCUUUGUUAUGUCAGAGAAGCAGAAACUGGACUGGGCGGACAUGUUCUACCUCGUGGCGAGGCCGAAUGAGGCAAGGGACAUGAGGUUCUGGCCUGCUCACCCAUCUUCCUUCAGAACGUCCAUAGAUAGGUACUCCUCAGAGACAGCGGAAGUGGCACGCUGCUUGUUGGAGUUCAUGGCCAAGGACAUGGGAGCUGAUUCAGCAUCAUUGUUACAGAUGUUCCAAGGCCAGCCGCAGGGUCUUAGGAUGAACUACUACCCGCCAUGCCGGCAAGCCAACAAGGUGCUGGGAAUGUCGCCUCACACGGACGCUUCCGGCCUGACACUUCUACUCCAGGUGAACGACAUGCCGGGCCUGCAGAUUAGGAGGGACGGCAAGUGGUUCACUGUGGACGCUCUAGAAGGAGCGUUCAUUGUCAACGUUGGCGACGUACUUGAGAUCCUGAGCAACGGCAAGUACAGAAGUGUUGAGCACCGGGCAGUGGUGCACCCAGACAGAGAGCGCAUCUCGGCUGCGGUGUUCCAUCGGCCAUGCCAGGAUGCCGUGGUUGGCCCUUUGCCGGAGCUCAUGAAAGAUGGUAACAGCAAAGCGCGGUACAGAUCAGUGGGGUAUAUGGAAUUCAUGAGGCGCUACUACUCAGCAAAGCUUGACGGACGGAAUCACCUGGAGAGCUUGAAAAUUGAGCUGUGAACUCGAGAUCUGAGAGGAUUUGGUCUCAGAUGCUUGAGAGGACAUGCUUGGAAAGACGAAGGAUGAAUGUUGAAUAGGAAUAUAGCACUUUACCUUUUGGAACCCUUCUGAUCCUGAAAAGCUUUAUGGAGGAAACUACUUAGGUCUUUUUUAUUUUAAUGAGGCGAUAUUGAAGUUGGAGUAGCAGUUAUGUAUCAUGUAUGGCUUCUAUGCUUGUCUCUCCUGCAGAAAAGUUUCCUUGUCAUACGAUAGCCAUGAUAAUUAAUCCGAUCAUAUGGUGCUGAUUUUCAAAGAUA